AUGGCGUACCGACCAUUUUCAGAGACCGAAUCCAAAGCCCCUGCUGAACUUGCUGUCUGCAUCGUUUUCCUCAUACUGACAUACCUCACUGUUGGCGCCCGAUGCUAUGUACGGACGUCCAUGCUUAAAAGCUUCGGAUGGGACGAUGCCCUAAUGGUGGUUGCUUUGGCUUUCUUUAAUGUCUGGGCCAUUUCGAUCAUCGUCAUCGCGUACCAAUAUGGAGGAGGAACUCGCGUCGAUGUCAUCGGAAGCGCGAUGCACUGGAUAAUCGUCUCUGAGACAUUCUACGUAAUUACAGCCAUGAUGGCCAAGUUGUCUUUGGGCAUCUUCUUCCUGCGGAUAGUCAUCAAGCCUUGGCAAAGAGCCAUGGUCUACGUCGUAAUGAUCCUCAUCGCCCUUACAAGCAUCUUCUUCUUCUUCUUCCUUAUUUUCCUCUGCGGAAACCCAAAAGACUACCUGAUACGCUACGUGUAUGAUCAAUGCGCGCCACGGCACGUCCAGAGCGCGCUUGCAUACCUCUCCGCCUCUAUAGGCGCGGCGGCGGAUUGGGUCUACGCACUCAUCCCCAUUCAGAUUGUGGCGCAAGCCAAUAUGGACAUGCGUUCCAAAUUGUCCGUCUUCUUCAUCCUCUCGGUUGGCACAGUCGGCUGCGUCUGCUCUACCAUCCGCCUCAAGUACAUCGGCGGCUUGGUCAGUCCAACCGAUUUCUUCUGGAACGCCGCCAUGAUAUCCAUAUGGUCGGGCAUCGAGUGCGGCGCGGGCAUCACGGCUGGUUCUCUUGCAACCCUCCGCCCACUGUUCAAACACUGGAUUGCUACUGUCCGUAGCCUCUCCGACUCACUCGGCUCGUCUGCCGCGCGACGCCGAAAGCGCGCUGCAAACCCAAAUUGCACGGGCACAAGCAGCGGCGCAGCCAGCGGUGGAAUCAGACCGCAUGGCGACGGUCCCGCUGACGCCCACCACCACCGUGGCCACCAUCCUCCCCACAGGCCUCAGUCACGCUCCUUUCCCAGCUAUGGAUCGUCCAUUGGAGACAUCAGCGGUGCAAGCGGAACGGGGGGCAGCAGAGCAUGGCCAAGCUCAGGCUGCUGGGAGAAGCUCGACAGCGAUGCGAUCAUCCGCAGCAACAGCAGCAUCACACGGCAGCGCGACGGUAGCAGCGACUACUCAGGCGACGACGUCGAGUUGAAGGACCUGUCUCGCGAGACGUCGCGAGAGCUUCUAGACCACCACCACCAUCACCAGCGGCGUCCAUCGUCGUCGUCUUUAUCGUCGCCAUCACCGCCUCCGUCUCGUCCCCUGCCAACACCGCCGGCGCCGCCCCCGCCCCCGCCCCCGCCUCCGACCCCGCCGCCACUGCCCCCACCACCACCACAGUCCCUAUUGAGGAGUGCGGCAGUGGGAUCGGCGAGCGCGAGACCCCUGUCCGUCAUCCCCGAGCGCGAUAGCGUAGUCAGCAGCAGUGGUGGCGGCGACGGACGUGGCAGCGGCCGGUGGGAGUCGUGGUCGUUGCCGCCCGCGCCGGACCAGUGGUCGGACGACGACGGGCAACGGCAGCAGCAACGGGGGCAAGAAAGCAGAACGCGAAGGACAAGAGGAGGUGGAUUCAGCACGACGACGCCGCCGCCGCCAUCGUCACUGUAUGACACGGAUCUAGAGCUGGGUCGACCGUUUACGAUCGACGACGUGGAAAUGGGGUUUUUGGAUGCGGACGAGUUGAGGAGACAUCGGCGGCGGCUUCGGGUGAUGGAGGCUCGGGAUGGUGGUGGGGGGUUUACGUGGGGCGGUGCGUGA